ACACACUGUUACUGCAGCACAACCAUUUUUUUGAGGCGAUUUCGAUUCUUCUCAUAAGAAAACACAUUUAUUUUGAGCAACUAAAUAUGUGUGUGUGCCGUGUGCGUGUGUGUGUGAAGAAUUAAAAUAAUAGUUAAUAAAAACUAAAAACAACAACAAUUAGUGAAUGAGUUGAGCGCACAUACAAUGGGUUAAGCCUUAAAUGCGGCUAGUGAAAUGGAAAUGGACUGUUUUAAACCGCAUAUGCUCGUGCCAGAGAAAAAUCGUUCACCACCUCUAACUCAGUGUCCUGUAGUCGCUGCCAUCUCUGCCGUCGCCGCCGCUGCUUCUGGUUGGUGCUGCGCUGCCCUCUACCUCUUCCACAGCCGCUGCUGCCACUGUCUGUGCUCUACGCACGCAUCGAUUUGGGCUAAACGUUAGAUACCUCCUAACGCAGUUGUUAGGGUGGAAAAAAAUAUAAGUACAUAAUAAUAAAAAGAAAUGCUGUGCAUUUUUCAAUUAAUACAUGCCCAAACCUAUGCAAUUGACGCUACAGCAAUAAAUUCAAGUGCAAUAUUUUCAAACGAACUAACGAAAAAAAAAACAAAACAUAUAAAUACGCCAAUACGGGCGCAACUCAAGCAGCAAAACAAAAGGGCCAACAAAUAAAGUUGAAUAUAAUAAGAAAAAAAUAUUUUUUUUUUAUAAAUCUACAUAAGGCGGCAGCAGUGCAGGCAGGCGGCAAAAUUGAGGAGCAGUGUUUAAAGCGGGCAAUUUAAUAGGCAGCAGUGGCAACAUUGAGAGAACAAAAACAGCUUCCACAUGAAGACCAUGUCGCGCUUUGGCCUGCGCCGUGGCUUCAAAUUUUCCGAAGAGCAGCAGCAGGUCAAUGGCAAAAGCAGUCCAAUUGGACCAACCGCACAAAAGCUGGCAACGCCGCCGCGCAAAAAGCGCAAUUGCAGCCUGCCCAGAGAGCAGCCAGAUCAGCAAUUGGAACCAAUUGAUGUGGAACUGGAGUUGGACAGGCAGCAACAGCAGCAGCAACAGCCCCCGCUGCCUCCCUCGCUGGUAUGCAGCGUGCCGCUGGAGCGGUUGCCGCGUCUCGUCGAGAAACUGCAGCAGCUGCAACAGCAGCAACAACAACAGCAACAUCAGCGCGAACUUGAGGAAUAUUCGGCAACGGCUUUUAUCAAAGUUUUAUGCUUGUACUGUGAUAAGAAGUUCGCGUCCAGCAAGCUGCAGUCCAAGCAUGUGGACAAAUUUCAUACGGAACGCAAGGAGCGACGCUGCAGCAAUCGUUCGACUAACAACAACAACAAUAGCAGCAGUGGCAGCAAUAACAGUCACAGUCCCAGCCACGCCCACUUUCCGGGCUGUCAGCACUGCAACAAGUCCAAGUCGCAAGCGUUGACGCCACCAAUCUGUCUGCCCGCCAAGCAGCUGGAGCAGCUGUUUAUCCAUCUGAUCGCCAGCCAUGCGGACAAGUAUUUUGGCUGCCAGCAGUGCCAGCUGCGCUUUAACGAUGCGGCGCAGUUGCACAGUCACAUGCGACUCUUGCAUCAGCAACAGUUGCCGGUGCAACAGCAGCAGCAACAACAACAACAUCAGCAGCAACAACAUCAGCAGCAGCAGCAGCAGCAGCAACAACAACAGACGUCCUCCAUGAUUGGUGCCGAGGAGCCGGUGCUGUUUCGCCUAGGUCUCACCCAGAAUCGUUUGCCCGGGCAGCGGCAGCGCAAUCGCAGCGCACGUCAGCAACGGGAGCAGCAGCAGCAGCACAACAACAGCAGCAAUACCUCCGCUCCGGCCACGCCCAAGCAACAGCAGCAGCUGCAGCAGCGCAGCAGCAGUCGGGCUGCGCAACGUCAGGCGGCGGCAGCGGCAGCAGCAGCAGCGUCGGCGCCUUUAACCAUCGCAUCUGCCGCAACAGCUGUCACGGCGGCAACUGUUGCCGCUGCCAGCAGCAUUAACAGCAGCAGCAGCUGCAGCAGCAGCAGCAGCAACAGCUGCACAACAACAACAGUUGCCUGCACGCCGGACGAUGCACACUUUCGGAUGCCCAGCCAUAGUCAUGUUUUCGAUGACAACUUUUACAAAGAUGUGGUGCUCAAUGUGCGCCACAAUUUGCAGCAUUUCCUGGACGGACGCCUGCGCAGCGGACCCGCCCCGCCGCAGCCCCUCACCGCGGCGCACAGUCCGCCCGCUGUCGCUGCCGCCGCCGCGGCUAGCCUGCAACAGCUGGCGCUGUGCAGCGCGUAUCCCACACUGCUUACGGCCGAACAGUUUGGCGAUGGCCUCGGGCUGGAGACGCUGCCGCUGCCGCUGCCACUGGCCAAGGCGGCCAGGCGGCCGCACACAAAGCACAGCUGGAAAUGGAAAUGGGACUAUGUGAAGAAAUUUACGAUUAUCAACGAGGGCGGCCGUUUGGUCAAGAAGCUAAAGCAGCCGUUUAUGGGUCUGCGCGACCUGUCGCGGCUGGACAUGUGGACGCAGCUGACCAUGCGCCAGAAGCAUGACCUGGAGCAGGCGCAGCAGCAGCAGCAACAGCAGCAACAACAACAGCAGCAACAACAGCAGCAACAGCAACUGCUGCAACAGCUGCAUUUGCUGCUGGAUCGUCGCCUUUUGCCGCACAUAAUGCUGGAGCAGAACGAGCAGGCGAUUAUUAAGGAGGAACUGUCGGAGCAGCAACAGUUGCUGCUGCAGCAGCAGCAUCAACAGCAACAACAACAACAACAGCUGCUGCCGGCACAGUCAGGCGCCGAACAAAGCUUCUUAAAGCUGCUCCAGCUGCAGCCGCGCCAACAGCAGCAGCAGCAGCAGCAACAACAACAGUUGCAGCAGCAACAGUUGCAAUUGCAGCAUCAUCGUCUGACAACAACAACAACAACAACCACCACCACCACGCUGGUGCUCAGCGGCGAAUGGGCGCGUCCACGUUUGUAUUUAUGCAUCUGCUGUGGCGCCAAGUUUGAGCAGCGCAAAGCGCUCGAGGAGCACAAAACAUUUCGCCAUUCGCACAUCUAUGCGACACACUAUGAGCUGGUGGGACGUGAGCUGCUCGCGGGCAACUUGUUGCGGCAUCUGUUUAUACCGAAGCGUGCGCUCAGUCGAUAUGCGGCUGAGCAUCAGCAGCAGCUGCUGUCGCUGCAUAAGCAGGAGCGCGCCGUUGUCGAGGAUGAGUCCAUAUCCAGUUCAUCGAAUUGCUCGGCUGUCUCCAUGGCCUUUGGCAUGGCCACAGUCAGCGCCUCGCCCUGCUCGACGGCGACAACAGCGACAACAACAGCAACUGGCCACAGCAGCAGCAACAGCAGCAUCAGCAGCAGCAACAUCAACUCGACGUCUACGUCUGUGGAGGACAAUGACAACAGCAGCGAUAUCAAAGGGCUGCCACAGAACGUCACCGCCUGCUCGCCAGCCAGCCUCAGUCUGAGUCUCAGUCACAGUCACAGCUCCAGCUACAGCUACAGCUGCAGCAGCUCACAGCCGGCGCCCGCCAGCUGUACGAAAUGUGGCCGCAAAUGCAGCGGCCUGAUGGAUCUCUAUCGCCAUAUGCUGGACUGUUCCGGUGAUUAUGUUUGGUCAUUGGCCAAAAAGCGUAAAUAUCGUUAUUAUUGCGGCUCCAAGAAGCGACGCACCGCCUGCAAUAAGCCCGCCAAGCAUUUUGCUCAGCUUCUGCGCAAAAAUGGCAAAAAGGUUAAAAAGCAGGGCCAGGUGCAGUCGGCGGGAGCUGGCCAGGAACAGGCGGGCAACAAUGAUGCCUCCGAGGAGAGCGGCUCCAAUUGCUCCAACUCCAAUUCGAACAAGACUAAAACGCCGCCGCGUCAAAGACCCAGCGAUGCUGAAUCCAUACGCAAAAUGCUGGAGAAUUUGCCCGCGAAGCGUGUAUGCAAAAAGAUCUUCCCGAUGGACAACAAGAAGCGCUCCAAGAAGCAGGGCAAACCCAAUAAGAAGCUGCAAUCGCGCGGCGCCAAGAAGCUAUACAACCAUCAUCAUCAUCAUCUGCACCAUCAUCAUCAUCAUUUGCAUCAUCACGCGCUGCGGAAUACACGCUCGCGCCUCGUGCGCGCCAAGCCAUCAUCAACAACAGCAGCAGCAACUGUUGCUGCCGAGCAACAGCAACAGCAGCAACAGCAGCGCAAUCGUCGCAAGCAGCAGCAGCAGGCCAAGCUGUUGCCCGUCAGCGAUGCCCAGAUUAGCAGCAGCAGCAGCAGCAGCAGCAACACACCAAUAACGACCACAACAAAAGCCGUAAAUACUGCCAGCAUAGUCACCGCCAAUGCAGCAACAUCGACUGUUGCUGUUGUUGUCGCAUCAGCAGCAACAACAACAACUUUUACCUCGCCCACGCACAGCAGCAAGCAGCAGCUGAUGCCAACGCCGCCCACAACACCAGCGCCGGCAGCAACAACGCUCGCCGUAACAGCAGCAGCAACAACAACAACAACUCCACCAAUAACAGCAGCAGCCGCAACAGCAACAGUUGCUGGCAACAAGCAACAGCAACAACAACAGCAGCCUGUCAAGCGCAGCAAGCGCAUCAGCGACUGCAUUGCCAUGCUGACGGGCAAGCUGGAGGAGAAGCUCAAGACUGAACAACAGCCGGCGGAAAAGGAGCAACCAUUGCUGCCGGCAGCAGAGCCAACAACAGCUGAGCAGCAUCAACUGCAGCCGAAGACGCCCAAACGCAAGGCCAUGUCCAGGCGCAUUAUUAAGCCGCACGCUGAGGAGGCAGGAGGAGCAGCAGCAGCAGCAGCAGCAGCAACAGCAGCAACAGUUGCCGUAACAGUAACAAAUACAGCACCAACAGCCCCGCCUGUGAAGGCAACAGCUGUGCCUGUGAAGGCAACAGUUGCAUCUGUGAAGGCAACAGUUGCAGCAACAACAGCAAAAACAGCAGCAGCAACAGUUGCAGCUGUUCCGCCGCCGUCGCUGCCGAUGCCGCUGCCUGUGGCUGUGCCUGUGCCUGUGCCUCUUCCUCAGCCGCUGCCCGUCAAGCCUGUUGUUCUGCCGGCCGUGCUGGCAACGUUGCCGCGACGUGCCACGCCUACCAAGGCAGCAACAAAGCAAAUGGUGCCAACACAAUUGCCACUGCAGCAACAGUUGCCGCUGGCGGUGCUGCCUUUGCCACUGCCGAUGCCGAUGCCGAUGCCAUUGCCCCUGCCCGUGCCUGUGCCCGUGACCGUCAAGCUGCCAGCACCGCCGCCGCCGCCGCCGCCACCGCCACCACCACCACCAACAGCAGCAACAGCUGCAGCGGCAGCAACUCUCACCGCAGCAACACCCACUGCAGCAGCAGCUGCAGCAGCAACAAUGCUGCUGCCCAAGAUGCCAUUGUAUCUGCCAGUGCCGGCCAGCUAUGUGUUGGAGCCGCAGCAGCCGCUAAAUCUCAGUCAUGUCAAGCCGCCAGCACAUCAUCAGCAGCAGCAGCAACAGCAGCAACAGCAGCUGCAGCAGCUGCAGCAGCAGCAACAACAACAACAGCAACAGCAACAACGUGCCUCGGCAAUGCCCGCGCGUCGUCAAACGAUCUGCGGCUUUGAGGCGCGCAAUUUGCUGCAGCUGGAGGAGAUGCAGCCACUGGAUCUGUCCAAUAAAACCAAACGCAAACCAUCGCCAGCUCCGGCGCCCAUUCCGGAGCAAUUGCCCCUGGGCUUGGGCCUGCCGCUGCCGCUCGUGCGCGGCACAGAAGCAGCAGCCGCUGCUGCUGCUGCGCAUUACUACUCCAAUCUGGAUCUGCUCAAGAUACCGCAGGUGCGGAAUCCGGUGCUGCCGCUGCCGGUGCCGGUGCCAAUGUCCGCCUUGGUGGCGCAGACGCCGCUGACUGUGAAGGCGCCCGCCAAGAAGCGCGCCGCGGAGUUGGCCAACAAAAAGGAGAAACCCAGCGUGACGCGCAUGGACGAGGUGAUCAACAAUCAUAUCGACGAUGCCAUCAACUCGGUUAUAUUGGCCGUGCAGGCCAGUCUGCCGCAGGAGGAGCACGACGAGCAGCAGCAGCAGCAACAGCAACUCUUCUACAAGCAGCAGCAGCAACAGUUCCAGCAGCAGCAACAGUUCCAGCAACAGCAACAGUUCCAGCAACAGCAACAGUUCCAGCAACAGCAGCAACAGCAGCAGCAGCAUCUCCAGCAACAGCAGCAGCAGCAUCUCCAGCAACAGCAGCAACAUUUUCCGCUGGCGCCUAGUCCCGGUGUUUUGUUCAGCACAGCAUCUGGCGUGGCUGCAGCAGCGCCCGUGCCCGAGCCGGUGCCCGCGCCCGUGUCCACUCCUGUGCCGGUGGCUGCAACUGUAGCUCCCGUUACACCGGCGGCAACAGUUGCUGCUGUGCCCGCCAGGCAUCUAACGCCAAAGAAGCGCAAUAUGCGCUCCAAGACUAUCGAUUGCCGUUCGGAGUUUUUGCUGGCUGCGUUGCCGCCAACAAUACAAGCCACGCCCACUGCCACAGAAACGCCCAUAUUGCUGGCGUGUAGCCAAAUGCCGCAAAAUGGCAACGUCGAGCCGCUGGCCAUGGCUACGGUCACGCCCCUGGCCAUGGCUACGGUCACGCCCCUGCCAACGCCAACGCCCCCAACAAUCUGCCCCAGGCAGGCAUCACCCGAGCGGCAGUUGUCGCCGUUGCCGCAGCAACUGCCGCUGCCGGCAGCAGCAGCAGCAACAGUUGCCGACACGCACACGUUGAAGCCAGCCAUGCCCGUGUCUGUCAUAUCUGUGGCGCCGCCAACAGCAGCAGCAGCAACAACAACAAUUGUAGCACCAGCAACAUUUGCCACAGCAGCAACAUUUGCCACAGCAGCAACAUUUGCCACAGCAGCAACAUUUGCCACAGCAGCAACAUUUGCAACAGUUGCAACAGCAACAACAGGGACCUCGACGCGACGCAGCGCCACGCCCCUGCUGGAGGAGCACAGCAGCAACAUGAACAACAACAACAACACAUCCUCCGGAUUUCACAGCUUGGCGCAAUCUGAGCUGGCCCAAGCGCCGCCAGCUGAAGCGGAGCCCGAGCCUGAGCCCGAGCCGGAGCCAACACCUGAGCCUGAGCCUGCGCCCACGCCCGAACCAGUUGCCAUGCCCACACCGACGCCUACGCCCACGCCGCCCAAAGAGGAUGCCAAGAAGAAGCAGCGACGUCGACGUAAAAACGAGCUGGCAGCCAUUGUGGCCGAUCAGCUGCUGGAGAGCUUCAAGAUCGACAAUGCGCGACGCGACAAUCUCAAGAAGCUGGAGAAUCUGGCGUACGAGAAGAGCGAGGAUCUGCUGCUCACGGGCAUGCUGCUCAUGUCCAGCACCAAGCGCAAUGCCACACUCCAACCGGCAACUGUUGCAGCUGGCGACACGAAGCGCAGCAAAGCUGAGGCCGCUGACGCAGCGCCAGCCGCCGGCCGUGGUCGGCCCAAGCGUCGCCAGAGCUGCUACUAUAGACGCGGUCGCGGCAAGGCGGCGCCGCUGGGCCCCGAGACGAACAUAAGCGCUUUGAAAUCCUCGCUGGAAAACUUCUCCAUUGGCAUCGAGAAGCAGCUGCAGGCCAAGGAGGCGGCGGCCAAGGCCACGCCCCCCGCCAGCUGCAUACUCCGGCCGAGCAUACUAUGCACGGCGGCCAAAGAGCAGCAGAAGCAAAAGCAGCAGCAGCAGCAGCAACAACAACAAGAGCAGCAGCAACAACAAGAGCAGCAGCAGCAACAGCAACUGCAACAACAACAACAACAUCAGCCGGCAGCAGCAACAGCAACAGUUGCUGCCCUGCCCACCUACAGUCGCGAUCCGCGGCUGAAUAAAAACAUACACAAGGAGCCGGAACAAAUGCAGCAGCAGCAGCAGCAAUCACAGCAGCAACAUCAUCAGCAGCAGCAACAACAACAGCAACAGCAACAACAACAACAACAGCAACAUCAGAAACAACAGCAACAACAGCAGCAGCAGCAACACGGCGACAAUCUGGAGGAGGAGGACAACUAUUUAACGGAAAUAGCUAAAAAUGUGAAUGAGAAAAUCAUGUCGGCCACGAAUGAGGACUUUGAGUUUGCCAACGAUGAGUUCGACCAGGAAAAGGACGAACAGGACAAAUUCUAUCGGCCGCCGACAUCGAUGAGCGUGCGCAGCGCACCGAAUCUCAAUGAUGAGCACUCGAACUUUGGCACCGACGACGAGAAUACCAAUACAGAGAUCAUGGACAUGGACAUGGAUGAUGAGAUGAGCGUGUACACCAGCUACUCACAGGAUCUGGGCCGCAACGGACGUCGCCGGCGUCGUAGACGUCGCAGCGUUCUGUUAACGCGCCGUCCCAAGAAGCGAAACACGCGCAACGGCGGCCAACUGGAGGAUGCGGACAAAUAUGCCUGCCAGCUGUGCGGCAAGAGCUUCUUCACGUCCACAUCACUGUCCAAGCACAACAUGACGCUGGCCCACGUAUCGAAGCUCUCCGAGCUGGAGUACUUGCAGUCCAAGAGCAAUGCGCCGCCCAGUCCGCCGCCAAUGGAGCAGCAACAGUUGCCGCUGGUGGAGGCGACGGCGACGACGACGACGAUGACGAUGACGACGACGACGCCGCCGCCGCCGCCUCAACAGGUGCGCGCCUCGGUGCUUAUGCCGCCGUUGCAGGUCCAGGUGCAGGCCAUGCCAGCAGCAGCAGCUGCUGUUGCUGUUACUGCUGCUCCAUCGCCUGCACAGCAGCUGCCGCCUAGUCAUCAUGUCAUCACCGAGGAGAGCCUGCGACUCCAUGACAACCAACAGCAGCAGCAACAGCAGCAGCACUCGAGUCCCGCCCACAGCGCCGCCCGCCUUAAUCUCAAUCCUGACGAGCGUCUCUUUUACGAAUGCUGCAACAUCCUCAAGAGCGCCGAAACGCCGCGUCUGCCCAGCGGACCACCGACGGCCACAAUGAAUACAUCUGUGAUUGUCAGCGCCGGGCGCAAGCCCCUCGAGCCGCCGCCAACUGUUGAGCCAGCUGCCGAGUCACUGCCGCCGCCAGCAUCCCCAUCGCCAUCACCGUCCCCAUCGCCAUCGCCAACGCCAACGCCAACAAUUGCCGUAGCUGCAACUGUUCCAGCGCCCCCCGCGCCAGCAACAGCAACAGCUUUAACGCCAGCUCCAGCGACAUCUCCGGCUCCGGCUUCGGCUCCGGCUGUUUCCCAUCAACCUGUCAUCCAGCAGCUGUUUCGUAAUCCGCCCGCGGCCACGCCCACACCAACGCCCACCAAUCAUCACCAUCAUCAUCAUCAUAAUCAGCAUUAUCAGCAUAACCAGCAUCCGCAUCCGCAUCAUCAUCAUCACCAGCAGCAGCAGCAGCAGCAUCAUCAUCACCAUCAUCAUCAUCGUCUUUCGCCCAGCUACUCGGCCAUAUCGCAAUUCUCGGCGAUGACAGCGACAAACAUGACAACGUCGCGCUUCAAGACAAAGGCCGCCAUGAAGGGCUACGAGACGAAUGUGACGAAUCUCCAGCUGGACAUGAAUCUGGCGAAGACGGCCCGUGCCGUUUGCAAGCUCACCGAAUUGGCGGACAUUGCUUUGGGCAGCGAGAAGCCGCCGGGCGUCGACUAUAUGCCGGCUCAGACCCUGCCCACCUCCACGGAGCAUCUGCUGGCGGCCACGGCCGAGCAGCAACAGUUGCAGCAACAGCAGCAGCAGCAGCAGCAGCCGCCGCACCAGCAGCAGCAACAAUUGCAGCCGGGCGCACCAGCAGCAGCAGCAGCAGGCGCCGCAGCAGCAACUGUUGCCGAACAGAGCUCCACAUCGUCGAAGACAAUUAUGCACGCCUCGUCCAUAAUCAAGGCAACGGUCGCGACGGUCGCAACGGUCGCAACGGUCGCAACGGCUGCUGCAAGCAGCGCCACGUUGCCGCCCGUCUCGGGUCGCAUCAUCAUACCGGAGCGUCCGUUCAAGAAUAUUGGACUCGAGGAGAAGGCGCCAAUUACCUUCCAGAAGCCCAAGACGAGCGUCAAUCUGCUAACCGAGGACAACAAUAGCGUGUCCACGGCCAGCUAUUCGGAUCGCGACGAUUACGACUUUGGUACGCUCAGCUGCGAGGAUGUGGAUGCCGAUGCCGAUGCGGAUGCUGAUGGUGAUAGUGUAAAGCUAACGACGCCGCCGCAGCAGCAGCAGCAGCAGCCGCCGCAGCAGCAGCCGCCGCAGCCGCCGCAACAGCAACAGCUCAAGCCGUCGAUUGGCAUUGUAGCCUGCUCCGCGGCCAGCUCAAGCGCGUCGAGCAGUUCGAGCUCCUCCGCCGCGUCCAGCACGCAGCAGAGCAGCAGCAGCAGCUCGAGUCGCGUCACGGCCAAAACCUUUGAGAACAAAUCGCUCAUCAUGGGCCGCAUCUUUAAGCAUGCGAGCAGCGCCAAGGUGGGCACAACGCCGCCCAAGCUGCCCGUGAAGAGUGCGCCCAAGGACAAGGCACAGCUCGAUCAGCUGUUCGAUGAGCUGCGCGGCGCCGCCAAGCCCCAACAGCAACAGCAGCAGCAGCAGACGCCGCUCAAUGAGGUGCCGCCCGCUGCAGCGCCGCUUGAUUGGCAGCCUGCUGCACUGCAGCAGCAGCAACAGCAACAGCUGGAGCCCGUGGCCGUGCCGCCGCCAGCUGCGAUGCCAGCGCCCGCAGCGCCGCCAACGGCGAAGAAGAGCGGCAAGGCAACUGGCCGCAAGGCGGCCACAACGAAAGCUGCAGCGCGCCAGCCGCGCAAGGAUCUGUCCAAGCUGCAAACGGAGCUGGGCAUGAGCACCGAGGAUCUGGAGCAGCUUAUCGAUGAGGGCCAGCGCAAAUCGAAGCGACGCUGCGCAACAAAUCGGCCCAAAAAGCUGGUGGAGACAUGGAGUUCCGAUGAGUACGAAGAGUUUCUCUCCACCAAGGAUAUCAUAGCCUUAAUUGAGCAAAAGGAGCAGCAGGAGCAGCGACGCAAGCGGAAGACGAGCGAAGCGGCGGCCGCACAGCAAGAGACGCCGGCGGGCAACAAGCGUGCGGAUAGGGAAAAGUCCACACAGACCGUGGCAAAUGCCAAAAGCCGCAAGGGACGCAAAGCCGAGCAGCUGCAGCCAGUGGAGCAAUCGACGUCGGCAGCGCCGCCGCAGGCAAAACGCGCCAGGCAGCGCAGCGCCGCAGAGCCGAGCACGCCGGCUAAGGCGAAGGCAACGCGUGGCAAGCCCGCAGCCAAAGCGCAGAAGCCGGCGAAGACGCCAGCGGCGGGCAGUAGAAAGCGUGGCAAGCCGCAGGCAGCGAAGCAGCCGACGACGACGACGCCGGCGCAGCAGCAGCAGCGUACACGCAGCAGUCGGCAGCAGCGGACGCUGGCGCAGCCAGUCGAAGUGGAGGCGCCGGACAUGAAUCACUGCCAGGAGCCACAGCCACAGCAGCAGCAGCAGCAACAGGAGAAGGCAGCCGGCAGUGCCAAGCAGAAGCCGCGCAGCAGCAGCAGCAACAAUAGAUCCGCCACAGCAGCAGCAGCAGCAGCAGCAACAAACAACAACAACAAUAACAACAAUAACAACAGCAGCAGCAGCAACAAAAACUUAAAAACGAAACGUAAAUCGCAAACUCAUCGCCAGUCGCCGGCGCGCAGGAAGCGUCCGGCCAGCGAGAAGCAGCUUUAUUAUUGGAGCAGCUCCAGCGAUGAUGAAUUUGGGCGCAUCAAUGUGGAGGCAGCAGCGGCGGCCGAGGCAGCGGCGGCGGCAGCGGCAGCAGCACAAGCCCAAGCAGACGCAGGCGCGGCGCCCAACGAGACGCAACAGCAGCAACAGCAACAGCAGCAGCAGCAACAACAGCUGAUGGCGCCGCCGCCCAAGCACUUUGAUGAUAGCGAGCAGUAUCAGAAGCACGGCUGGAUCGUUGGUGACUCGCACAAGAAGCUGGUCAAGCUGCUGGCCAUUGCCAAGGGCAACAAGAAGGUGGAUAAUUGCGGCGUCAAGCGGCGCACGCCCAAGCGCAAAUGCUAGAAGCGAUGCACAGUUGCCUGCGUCGCCUGCGCCGUCGGGAACACUGCCAACUGCCAACUGCCAAUUGCAAACACAACUUAUUAUGCAUACGCGUUUAUUGAAGCGGCAAGCAAAAAAUGUAUUUCAUAUAUAUUUUUUCGUUCUUUAAAACACACAUCUAAGCGUUA